AUGCCAUCCAGCACGCCGCCAAAACUUCCCGACUUGUAUGUCAAUGACGGCCAAUUACCACUGGGUAUGACUGGUCUCCUGAAGCCUACUGAUCCUUAUUCGGCAUCUGUUGCGGAAAUGCGUGAGUCGCUAGCCAGAGAUGGGUACCUCUUUCUCAAAGGACUGCUGCCGCGCGAAGAUGUCCUACGGACGAGAGAAAGAUAUUUUGACAUGCUGUCCCCUACUGGCAUUCUCAAGCCUGGGACAUCCGAGAUGGAUGGUAUCUUUGACGCGUCGAAAGACCCUGGUGAUUACCCUGGGUUCGGCACUGGAAAGCCAGGCACUGGUACUGCUCUAUCGGACCAAUUCAUGACACUUGCCCUGCAGUCACAUUCUCAGUCUUGGUACAAGGAUGACUUCUGCAAGCACCCUGCCAUGAUUAGCUUUGUUGAAAAGCUUACAGGUUGGGGCAAGAAUACGGGCAGUCUCGACCGGACUCUUCUCAGAAACAACGUUCCUGGAAACAAAGCCAUCGGUGUGCACUACGACUAUAUAUUUCUGCGUCAUGGGGACGAUUCUGUGAUCACUGCAUGGAUUCCCAUCGGAGAUGUGGAAGUGGAAGGCGGAGGUUUGAUCUAUUUGGAGAAGGGUCAUGAACUGGGGAAGCAUAUCGAGCAUGAGUUCACUCAGAGUGCUAUAUCCUCUGGUAUGACCGAGGAACAGGCGAGGAGCGCAUUCAACACUAACAUGAUGUCGGGUGGCGUUCUGGACAGUGGUCCCAUUAGUUUUGGUACAAAGUAUCAACGAAGGUGGUUGGUUUCAGCAUACGAGGCUGGGGACGUUGUUCUACACAACUCUUAUAUGAUACAUGCAUCCACAAUGAAUUACGACAAGGAAAAUCGAAUUCGACUUGGGACAGAUUUGAGAUUUGUUGACACGAGCAAAGUUUGGGACACACGAUGGGCGAAAGUAUAUGAAGACGGGGAUGGACUGUAG